AUGGAGUGGGCUUACUACGAUUUCGACAAGAAUUGGGAGGAGUUUUACGCCGCGUGGAGCAGUGACAAGGUUCAGAGCGUUCUCUUUGAAGACAUGGCGGAAUGGUGCAGGUCGGAAGCCUACUACAACGCGGACGGUUCACGGCCUACCUGGCGCAAGGGCGAAUCCCUGUGGCAAUUGUCCAGAACAGACUACUGGGACAACAAGUUCCUAAUGGGAUCCCAGAGGAUCGACGAAGAGAUGAACGGUCCUCAGCGUUACAAGCACUUCAAGGAUGCGAUGAGACGGGCUGCAAACAUAGAAUAUGGAGACGAAGAUGAGAUGUACGAGGCGUACUAUACCAUCGUCCUUGAACGGAUUCAGGAAAGCAUGGAACCGAAGCCCGGGACUCUGGAAUCGCUCGUGCUUUGCAUGGGGAGGAAUUACAUCCACGACGCCCUGCUGACCACUGCAAGCAUGCUGUUUGGCGAGGAGAAUGUUUGCGAAGAGGAACACCCCGAGGAAGGUCUCUUCGUUGUCAUUGACGAUCAGCGACUGCGGACCAUCCCGCGCAACAGCUUCAACAAGUGGUGGGGUCCUGACGAGGUACCGUUCAAGCAGUUACUCUUGAAAAGCCGUGACCUGAACAGCUUGUCCACCGAGGAGCUCGACGAGCUGAUGGCUUAUCAAGAGGAGCGCAGAGUGGCCAAGCCGUUCGAGACCAUCCCGGUGCCUAUACCGCACAUCUACGACUCGAAACGAAACGUCUUUUAUGGCUACGGCAAUUUCUGUUCCUUCUCGUGCGCGAAGCGGUACGUCCUCGAGUCGAGCGGCAACACGCAGGCGUGCACUCUGCUGGCCCUGCUGAGAUCCAAGAUUAUUGGCGGUCUUGGAAUGGCCAACAUGGGUAUCAAGGCAGCACCGCCAAAGACGAGCCUCAAGGUCUUUGGCGGACAGCUGAGCAUCGAGGAAUUCCGCUCGGGGCUGGAGUUCUUAUUGCCUCAGAACAUGCUGUUCCCUCAUCAGAUCGUAGAGAUGGAACGGACUCUGCGCCCAGGAACAACACAGUGGCCCGGGGAGCUCGGCAGCGACUCCAAAGCAAAGAUCUCAAAGACGAAGCCGUACCUGCCCCAGAACGAGACUCUGUGCGGGCAAGCAGCGAGUGACUCCGUACUGGAGGCCGCAUUGGAAAGGAAGGCUAUGCGUGCUAUACAGUCCUCGCAGCCCGUGAAGAACAACACAUACAAGCUUAGCAGAGCAAAGCCACUGCAGAACAAUGGGGACCUGCUCUCCGCACUCCAUAUGGACUCAGACAACGAUGAGGAUGGAGACUAUUUUUGA